AUGCCCACGUUUAGGACCAAGGAUAGGCAGGCGGUUAUAGAUAUUACAUUGACGAACCAUAAUGAUAAUCUCGUUAGGGAUUGGUGGGUAUCCACGGACUGUUCCUUUUCGGAUCAUAGUAGGAUUACCUUCGCCUUGGACUUUAACUCGUCUGCAAGGGUACCAUUUAGGGAUCCUAGGCGGUCAAAUUGGGGAACCUUUUAUGAUAAGGUUCGUAUUGGGUUGGAACAGUCUACUUCAUGUGAAUUGAUACCAUCCAAUUUGGAAUAUAUGGUGAACAACAAUUUCACUCGUUUACUAAAUGAGAGCUAUGAAUCAUCAUGCCCAAUAAAAUUUCCCGGGAGGCGUAAACAGCCAAAAUGGUGGACUAAGGAACUUCGAGUUCAGAGGUCGACGGUUAGGAAAUCUUUUAAUAGGGCGAAGCUCACUGGAUUACAGGGAGACUGGAACAACUACAAGGUGUGCUUCAAUAAAUACAAGGGAGAUCUGAAAAGAGCGAAGCGGAGUUCAUGGAGGAAUUAUUGUGAAUCUGUUGAUAGCGUAAAUGAGCUGUCAAAGUUUCGGAGAAUUUUAUCCAAAGACCCAAAGUUCAUAGUGUACAUUCAAAGAGCUGACAACUCAUGGACGGAAUCCAGCUCGGAAACACUCUCCCAGCUUAUGGAAACGCACUUUCCUGGUUGGGAAGGUAUAGGCACUAGGGCUGACGAUCAUUGGGUUAAUAUGCCAGAGGGUACUAGUCAUGACUCUAUACAAAUUGAGGAAAUAGUCACUAGGAAAAAACUAGCCUGGGCCGUACAAAUCACCGUGUCCGGAUGGAGUAUUUCCGGCGAUGCUAUUUAA